AUGGAUCAAACCACUCUCAACAAAUUAUCAGAGAAUGUUGAAUUCCUACCGGUUCAAUUUGAGAAUAUGUGGAAUGAUUACAUGCAGGAUGUCAAGGCAGCGAAUCGUGGAGACAAGUCGACAUUGUUGCGAGCAUUGCUUGAGCAGUGCACACAGAUCAUAGCCAAUGCAUUGUCCAAAGAGGACAUUGAAGCAUUCUUUGACGACCUUCGAACCAAAGGUCUAUUAUAUCACGGUGCCUGUGACACCACAUGGAACUAUGGAGACACUGCUUAUAAAUGUAAAACUUGUCAACUUGAUCCUACUACUGCUCUAUGUCUUGCUUGUUUUAGAUCUGGUGAUCAUGUAGGUCAUGAUUAUUCAUUACAGAGUGUAGGAGGUGGUUUUUGCGAUUGUGGAGAUCCAACUGCAUUUAAACCUUCAGGUUUCUGUCAAAAACAUAAAGAACAAACAAUAGAUGUAACAAAAUACCCAAAUAGAUUUAUAAUGUCACUUAGUUAUGCGAUACAAUUUGUUUUGAAAAAGGUAUGGUACUUUUUUGAAAGCAAUAAAGAGGAAGAAUACGAUAUAUUUAUGGAUUGGUUGUUAAAGUUGGCACAACGUGGAGACGUUGUCAAGAUCAUUGUCAUCAAAUACAUAUCCAACACGGAUAUUGGCAACACUACACUUUUGCCAGCCUCGCCUUUCCUUCCUACAUCACUCCUCACACAAUUCUAUCACCCCAUCAACCACGCCCUCGUGUCACCACGUAUCAAAGCCACCUUUGUCAAUUUCUGUGUGUUUUUGCGUGGCUCUGUCGAGUUUAUUCAGGCCAUGAUCGAAACGGUCGUACCUAUCUACAAACAGUGUAUCAUCGAGGCCAAGAACCACAUGAUUCUUGCAAGCUAUACCAUCUUUUCCUCGUCGUCGGUCGAGAAGCUCCUCUUGCGAUUGGGUGCCGUCAACGUUGUCAUGGACACCAUCAACACCUACUUUAAAAAAUAUUUGGCUAAUCGUGCAUCGUUUGUCAGGAAGCAUGCACGUGUCAUCCGUUUCAAGCAAGACGAGAUCAUCGAUCUCCCCUCGUACAGCGCCUUCCUCCAACUCAAUACUAUCCCACGUCCACUCCACCGUCUUCGUACCGAUAUUGGAUUUAUCCUCGGUGACCCCAUCAUCUCGCGUUCGGUCGUGACUGACCUCCGUCUACUCGGUGAAUGGUUCAAGAUGAUCUCAUUGUCACAGGUUCUCUCGGCGAUCGAGUCGAGCCACGCUGGACUCAAAUCCAACGACUACAAAAACCUUUUGGUCUUGUCAUCACAGUAUCUCGGCAAAUGGUUGUUGGGUUGGAUUUCAUCGGCCAAGCAAGCACUUGUAGACAAGGAAGAGAAGCAAAAGCAAAAAGAGGAAAAGGAAAAGGGAGCCGACUCUGCUGCUGCUGCUGCUGUCGUAUCGAGUACUGCAUCCGCUACCAACUAUACAGUGUCACAAUUGAUUAACCAGUCCAUGUCGGGCGAGGGAUUCACAUUCCACUUGAUUUUGCAUAGAGUGGUUGCUGCAUUGUUGCUCAACAGUCUGCAAUUCUUUGACGACUCGAAUAGCGGUGGUCUCAAGGCGCUGUUUGGCGGUAUCAUUGGCGAGCGCUCGCCCGUGUCGAUGGACGAUUACGCACGUUGUGCGAUUGCCCACCCCGUCAAGUUGUUUGCGUCGAUGGGUGAAAUCAAGGCUGGUAUGUGGAGAAGUUAUGGCCGUGAAGAGGACAUGAACCUCCAAACCGUCAUGUACAAAAGUUUAUACUAUCAACGAUUCUUUGAUCUCGACAUUCUCCUCAUUCAAAUUGGUUCAGCUCUCAUUGGAAACAAAUCAUUUAUGGAACAAGUUUAUCAUACCUAUGCUUUAGAAGAUUGGUUUAAACUUGAACCUUCAAAUAAUAAUAGUACUGUAGUUGCUACUGCUACUGCUCCAGCCACUUCUACUACUUCUACUUCUACUACUACAAACAUUAAUAAUACACCACCAAAAGCACCAAAUACAAAUCUUAGACAAAGUUCAAGUGGUACUAAAAAUACACCAAUUGUAGUAGAUGAUGAAGUAGCCAAGGAAAAGGAAAAAGAAAAGAAAAAGGAAGAGAAACGUGCCAGAAAACUUGAAGAUGAUCUCCAAAAGAAAAAGAUUUUGGCCGAAGAUUUCAUUCAAUUCAUUGUGAUGAUUUCGACCAACAAGACAUUGGCCGGUAUGACUGACGAACAAAUUAUCCGCAAGGAGCUUAUUCACCGUCUCUGUUUGGGCGAUUGCACACAUUCGCAAGUGACCAGAAACAUCCAACGUCGUUUUGUCAACCAUCCCAAGUUUGAAGAGAUUCUCUUGGAGGUUGCUGUCUUUCAAAACCCACAAAAGACUGAGCAGGGCAAGUUCCAGCUCAAAGAAGCUUGUUGGGCAGAGUUUGACCCCUACUUUGCACACUACAAUACACAAGACCUGCAGUCGGCCGAAGAGAGAUACACCGAGUUUAACAACAAGACCAAAUCCAACAUUGCACGUGGCACAUUCAUCAACUACAAGCCACGCAAUUGUUUUGAGCAUAUUGACCAAUUACUCUGCUCCAAGCUCGUCCAUCAAGUUCUCUUUACCGUGUUGCAGAACCAAUUGGUCGGUAACGGUCAAAAGGUCACUGAAACACUCUUUACACACGCUCUCAAUGCUUUCGAGUUGUGUAUCAAUCAAUCUAUUUGGAACAACCUUCAAAACAAGGGUAAAUCGACUGUCGUUGCUGGAACACCAGUGUCAACAUCGUCACAGGCUAGUUUUGAGACCAAAGCACUCGAUAUUGAGUAUCCAAGCGAAGACAAUAUCUUUAUCAAUGCCAACCAUGAAGUGCCAACCAGCGAGGGCAAGAAGUUGUCAUUGAUGAUUGUGUUGGUCAAGCUUAGUGCCAAUACUUCCAUGUCCAACGAGCACAAGCAACAGAUUCAAAACAUUCUCAACUUGUUGAUUGAUAAUGACGCGACGUGCAAGGUGACUGUCGAGUCGUACUAUGCUGCCAUCAAGGCCAAGAAGGCUUCACAGGUGCAAUCGACCCCUCUCAAAAAGGAGGAUCCAGAAGAAGAGCGUAAGCGUAUGGCACGUGCCCGCCAAGCUGCUAUUCUCGCACAGAUGAAGUCUCAGCAGAAUAACUUUAAGUUUGACGACGAUGAAGACGAGUAUGACGAAGACGAGGAUCAAGCUGCCAUCAAGGCCGCUGAAAAGGCCAAGCAAGAGGCCAACCAGUUGAUCGUCGACGGCAAGCUGUCAACCCACACCUGCGCACUAUGUCGUGAGGCUGGCAGUCUCAAGCGUCCCAUGGGACGUGUCGCCUUUAUCCAACCGUCUUCGGUGCUCAUGUUGUCCAAGUUGACACCCGAAGAGCGCAAGCAGCGUAUGACUGACGCCAUCCUCAAGGAGAUGGGUGAGAAGCCAAGCGCACAACAAGCUGCACGCGGGUCGCCCGCAUCGGCCGGUGGUCGCCAGACACCCCACAAUGCACUCAACGAGCUGCUCGGAAACAACGAUGACGACGAUAUGGACCCGUUGAACGACAUUGACAUGGGUUCGGAAGCCGACGACGACUCGGACGACGAGGUCACCAAGGCCAUGUCCUUCCUCAACAAGAUCUCCAACUUUGGAGAGUACUUUGAUGAUGGUGGUAUGUUCCCCGACGGACACCACCACGGGUUCCAAGAGGAAGAGGAUGAUGAAGAAAUGGAAAUGGAUCCAUACGGAGAAGGUGAAGAUGACGGAGAAGACGAGGAUUCAGACGAUGAUGGAUCCGACGACGAUGAUGAAGACGACGAUGAAGAUACUGGUUCGUCGUCUUCUUCUUCCUCUGCCGACGAUAAUCACAUGCAUGACCAGAUUGUCAUUGACGAUGAGGACGGACAGGAAUUCCCACGUGGACGUGUUAAUGCCAACCAAGAGAUUAUCGAUAUCGAUCACGAAGACUAUUAUUCGUCCAUGUCAGAGGAUGAAGGAUUCUAUGACGACGAUGACGACGAUGAUGACGAAGCCAUCUAUGACUUUAACGAUGGAGGUGAUAGAGCUGGAGCAAACAACCUCCACGAACAUGGUGAUCAUCAUCACCACCACCACAAUAGAAACCCAGGACAAGCAGCCAUCCAGAAUAUGUUUAGAAAUAUUUUGUUUGGCGGUCCCCACCCACCACUCAACGACGAAGAUGAACAAGCUCUUUUUAUGGACGACUAUGGAGAGGAUGAAGAGGAAUUCCUUCACAAGGAAAAGGGUGACCCAGUCACUGGCAACCCAUGGUCACAAAAGUUUAGCAGACAAGAGUUGUUUAGAAACACAGAGCAAACUGUCAACUUGCACAUGUCCUUCUGUGGUCAUCAGAUUCAUGAAGACUGCUUCAACGACUAUUCAUGGAACUCUUUCAAGAAUCAAGAUGAUGAGGAGCAGUUGAUCGACACACAAAAGGGAGAGUUCCUCUGCGUACUCUGCCGUCGUAUUGGUAACGCCAUUGUCCCCAUCAUUCCCGACUCUGGUUAUGCUGGCGAGUCACCAUCCCAGCCACAAAGUGGAUUGGGUCCCCUCCCAUACGACCAGUACAAAGACUUUAUCAAGGGAAUGGAAGAAAAGUUGACCAUCCCCAUUGACAAGUUUGAGUACCCCGAGUCACUCAAACCCGUCCGCGAAGCUAUCAACCAAUUCGCAUCCAGAGUAUACUCUGUCCGUCACAACACCACCUUUUUCAACGCUGAAUCCAAUGAAAAGGUGACUCCACUCAUUGCAUCGUCGAUUGCUUCGACCAUUGGCAAUACAGAGUUGGCCGGCCGUCUCAAAGAGGCUGAAAAUGCCAGUACCACCGACUACCACUUGUUUGGUAUGAGCGAGUCGAAUCGUGUCGACAUUCGUUCACUCUUUAGAGCAUCCGUCUCGCAUAUUAUUGCACAUCCACCAUUUGUACACGAAGGCAAGAUGUUAUGGAACUCGUUCUCUGGUGAUCUUGCAGUACCACUCCCCAAGAUACCUGAAAACUACAAGGAUCUGUCAGAAGACGACAAGAACAAGUUUGACAAGCAAUACGACGAAGCACUCCAAGAAAACUUCCCACCCUUCCUCACAUUGGACCUCUUCCACACAUUUGUCCAACUCUAUCUGCGCACAUCGUCCAAGGACAGCUACGUCAAGGCCACCAACCGUUUCUACACCAUCUUGCGUGUCUGCUUUGACGCUUAUCUUGCCCAAUCCAUUUUCCAUCAACUCGAUGUUCUCAAUAGCAACCCAUCGUCUGUUGAAAAGGAUCAAUUCACUCAAGGAGUCAAUCAACUCAUAACCACUCCCAAUGACAACCAACAAACCAUUUCCAAUAUGCCCAAGGAGCACUCCUCGGCCAUCAAGUCACACGCUGUAGUCGUCAACACCCUCAUCACCCACUCUGACACUUCAGUGCCACUCGUCUCUGCAUGGUCACAACAAAUCCUCUCAUCCUAUGCAGUCUUUGUCUCUGAAGAGCCUGAAAAGGUAGAGGACAGAGACAAGACGUUGGCUUUGAUCCCUUCUCCAGCCGUUCCCAAACCUUCCUUGCUCAUAGAUCUUCCCAAGAUAUACAAUACUCUUUCUCAACAAUAUUCAACUGUCCCUUGUCUUCGUUGCAAGACCAUUUCAAGUUCCCAAGCCAUCUGUUUACUUUGUGGUACACUUUGUUGUCUUGGUUCUUGUUGUAAACGUGUUUUAGAUCAAAAGAAUGAAUGUGUUUUGCAUGCAGAACAAUGUAAUGCAGGAACAUGUAUGUUCUUGGUUCUUAAAUCUAGUUCAACUUUAUUAAUUCAUCAACCACGUAGAACUUAUUGGAUCUCUCCAUACUUGGAUGAUCACGGAGAAGAGGAUAUCAAUCUUAGAAGAGGCAAAACUUUAUAUUUGAAUACUAAUAGAUACACUCAACUUAAUACACUCCUUUUGAAUCAUCAAAUCGAUCAAGACAGUAAAAUAGCAGAAAUGACAACUAGAGAAUAA